CCUGUUCUGCGCUCGCUCACCGCCGGGCGCCCAGCUUCUCGCCACUGCCUCGUCCUUGUCCUGGCAUGUCGGCGUCCGGCGCCUUCCCGGCGGCAGCGGGGACGUCAUCCAGCAAAGCCGGCGCUCCUGCGCCCGCCGCGUCGGGCCAGUCCGUCAACAAGCGGCUGCAGUCGGAGCUCAUGUCGCUCAUGAUGGGCGGCGACGCGGGCAUCUCUGCGUUCCCUGACGGGGACAACAUCUUUCAGUGGACGGGCACGAUCACGGGCGGCGCUGGGACGGUGUACGAGGGCCUCACCUUCAAGCUGUCGCUCAAAUUCCCGACUGGCUACCCGUACGAGGCGCCCGCGGUCACCUUCAACCCGCCCAGCUGCUUCCACCCCAACGUGGACCAGUACGGCAACAUCUGCUUGGACAUCCUCAAGGAGAAGUGGUCGGCCGUGUACAACGUGCGCACCAUCCUCCUCUCCAUCCAGUCGCUGCUUGGGGAUCCAAACCUCGACUCGCCGCUCAACGGGCACGCCGCCUCGCUAUGGCCGAACCAGGCUGACUUCAAAAAGGCGCUGCUCAAGCACAAGAGCAGCUUGCCCUCCGGCGAGCGGAGGCCGUAGGACCGGCGCGCAGCCGCGGCGGCGGGCGAUGCGGCGCCCAGGCCAACAGAUGCCGCGGCGCGCUUAGAGAGCCCACGCGCGGAGCGGAGGGCGAGAGCAGAGCGCUCGGAGAGAGGUCGGGUGUAAGUCGGGGGCGAUUCGCAGGGCCAGGGCGGGAUGUGAGCUUGUUUGCGGGAGGCAGUGCGGGUUAACGCGCGACAUGCAGAGUUGACUUUUAGAGGCUGAUGCUGAUGCUGUUCUACACACCUUGAUCCUUGUGGCUUACAGAUACAGACCCCGUACUGCCCUUACACAUCUGAUCAGACAUCUGUGAAGUGUCAUCUCACCUUCCCCGUUCCCAAGAUUCCGGACCGAACACUUUUA